AUGGAUCAAAAUCUUCAUUUAAGUGCUACUGCAUCAGCUUCUACUCCUGUCACAAUUGAUUCUGCCACUACUGUUAAUGUGGAUACUAACCCAUCUAAUGUUAUGGAGAAGGAUAAGAAUGAGAUGGAGAAGCAGAAAGAGAGUGGGAAGGGGAAGAAAGAUAGUUGUGUAGAUGUAGAACUUUCAAAACGUAAGCGUCGUAAAAUUACGUCUGAAGUUUGGAGUGAUUUUGAAAGGACAGUUCAUGGGGAUAGGGUGACAGCCACAUUAGAUAAUGCAUCCACCAAUGAUGUUAUGAUCAGUCAUCUAAGGGAAUGGAUUGGUCGUAAAGGAGCUCUAUUGCAUAAUGGUGAGAUAUUUCAUGUCCGUUGUACCUCACAUAUUUUAAAUCUUAUUGUUCAUGAUGGGUUGGUGGAAUUUAGAGAUGCAUUAGCAAAGAUUCGAGACAUGGUUAAGUGGAUAAAUGCAUCACCAUCUAGAUCUGAAAAAUGGGGAAAUGCAUUGGCUCAAUGCAAGUUGUUCAACAAAAAAGGUGUCUCUUUGGAUGUUCCAACCAGGUGGAAUUCCACUUUUGAAAUGCUUCACAAUGCUUUGGAGGUGAGAGCAGCAUUUGAACGUUUAGCAGAAUUAGAUAAUAAUUUCAAGACAUUACCAACAGAAGAGGAAUGGGAGAAAUGUUCAAAAAUUGAGCAAUGCUUAGAAGUUUUUUAUGAUGCCACAAAACACAUUUCAGGUACCAAGUAUCCCACUGCAAACUUUUUUUUUAAGGAUGUCAGUGAGAUUCAUCAAAAUCUGCUUGAAUGGGAAAAAAGCAUAGAUACUUGUAUUAGUUCUAUGGCUUUUAAAAUGAGAUUAAAAUUUGACAAGUAUUGGAAGAACAUUAGUUUAUUUAUGGCACUUGGGGUUAUUUUUUAUCCUCGCUACAAGAUGGAACUUAUUGUCUUUGUUAUGAAUAAGAUUUAUGGGGACAAUGCUAAUUAUUAUUUUACAAAAAUCCAAUUUGAUGUGGGUGAUAUUUAUUCUGAGUAUGCUAGUACAUAUGAUGAUUCUUGUCCAACUGUAUCUGGAGAUGCCUCUGAUCGUGUUGGUGGCAAUGAGAAGAACUCUUUGCAUGAAAUUCCUAAGAGAGAUAAAACAAAUAUUAGUGGAGAGUUCAAGAUAUGGACACAAAAUAUAAGGAAAGGUCAAAAAUGA